AGCAAGCUGUAAAAUUUUUGUAAGAAUGCAAAAGAUGAUUCAUGCAGUAAAAUCACUCAGAACCCAAAUCCGAGCACCGUCGAACUCGGGUCGGAUUGCUUCCGGAGUCGUAUUAAGGCAGGCCACAACUAUUUCUAGCGAUCCAAACAGUAAACACAACAUGAACAAGGCAGAGUGUCCCGAUCAGAAAACUGGAGAUGUGAUGUCCCAAUCAUUUGGGGAAGGGUACGCGACAAGGUCCGAUGAAGAAGGAUUUGGAGGAGUGUUUUCGGACAAUCAGACUUUUCCGAAGACGGAACAGGAUCAGCUGAUCCAUGAGAAUCACCCUGCUUAUGACAAGACGCAGGGAAGCGAAGUCAAGGAGAAGGAGAAAGGGAGAUGCCAGACCCAGGCCAAUGCAUCUACAAACUAAUUAAGCAACCAAUGCCAAUAGCCCUAAUGUCUCUACAAAACGACUGCAUGGAUACGUGGCUUUUUAUGUAGUUCCUUUUCAUUUUUUAUAAAGACCGCAUCCAAAGUUUUUAUUUUUGUUAUGUGUUGAUAAUCAAGAGUGCAUGGACGCUCAAUUUGAGUGAUUGAACUAUAAUUCUUCUUGGUAAUCCUAGCUAUAUGUAAGUAUUAAUGCUAAUAAGUAAUCAUUCUUUGCUUGAUU